ACUCGAGUGACUUAUGAGCUUGAACUAGAACUAGAACUAGAGUGAAAACGACUUUGAGAGAUUCAAAGCUUCUGAAGAUUCAUGGCCAAGAGACAUUUCUUCCAGCCUCUUCUUCCAGACUUCCACAGCCACUUAACAAUUCCUGUAGCUUUCUUCUCCAAGUACAUAAAAGGAAAAAAUGAGCACAAGACUACGGCGAAGCUGAGAUCAGACGCGUCGGAGAUAACCUGGAGAGUGAAGGUAGAAGAUGGCCGGAGACUCACUGAUGGUUGGAAAGAGUUCGCUCUCGCUCAUGAUUUUCGAAUCGGUGACAUUGUUAUUUUCAGACAAGAGAAAGACAUGACUUUCCACGUCACACCCUUUGGACCCAGUUGCUGUGAGAUUCAGUAUGAGUCUUGUUUGGACGAUGAGAACAAGCUCGAGAAGAUUCCAAAGAAGAAGAAGAGAGUGAAAAGAGAAGCAGAGUCUUCUUCUUCACUAAAUCCCUCUUGCUUUGUGGCUAAUGUCACGCAUGCGAGCCUACGUUAUGAUUCACUGAGUCUUCCGAUGAGUUUUGCGAGGGCAAAUGGUCUAAACACAAGAUGUGGAGAGAUUGUUCUAAUGAAUGAUAAGGGUAGAUCAUGGACUUUAGCUUUAAAACAGAAGAAAUGUGGAACUACUUACAUCAGAAGAGGAUGGAGAACUUUCUGUAGUGCCAAUGGAUAUAAGGCUGGAGAUUUCUUCACUCUCAAACUGAUCCAGAGAGGAAAAAAUCUGGUUCUACGUUUGUCACUCAAUGAAUCUGAAGAAGAAGAAGAAGAUGAUUGCUCAUUAGAAGCUAAUGAUAUAGAGCCGCAAAGCGAUGAAGAGAGCAACCAAGAUGAGAGAAGCUCGCAGAAAUGUUCAGAGAGGAAACAUAGAACCGGUAAAUCGACAUGGAAAGCUUCACCUUCACCAUCCCAAAACCGAUUUGUGACAUUAACUCUUAGACCUUGGGUCGUCAAAAACUCUAUCCUGUUUCUACCAAUGCCCUUCACGAGGAUGAAUGGCAUCACUGAGAAAACUAAAAUGACUCUGCUGGAUAAAAACGAUGUGAAGUGGCCUACGGGUCUACGGUCUGGUGACCAAGGUAAAAGAAUUAGACUUGUAAAAGGCUGGAGAGAGUUCUUCAAAGCUAACAAUGUGAAGAUAGGUGAAUCGGUCAUGUUGAAGCUGAUUUGGGAAGGAGACGCAAACUGUGUUCUUAAGUUCUGCUCUAAGGUGAAGCAAGUGACCAAAUGAAGAUGUGUCCUUUUGUGUAAGUGCCAAAGACAAAUUGAAAUGAAUCAAUGUUUGGCCUUUUUUUUAUUUUGGUAAAAUUUAACAAUGUUUACCUUAACUAGUAAGGUCCAAUUGUAGUAGCAUGUUAAGUAUGGAGUAGGAUUUGAGUGAGUGAGAUCAUUAGCCUUACUGUGUGGGAUUUG